UACAGACGACCACCAACUUAUCUCUCAGCCAUUCAAGAUGGUUCGACCCCGAGUCUUUUUCGACUUUGCUAUUGGAACAGAAUUAGUGGGCAGGUAUUGCACCAUCUACAACUCAUCAGGAAAACCUGUAGACACGAGCUCUCUUCGCAGGGUUAUUUUUGAGCUAUUCAAUGACACUGCUCCAAAGACAGUUGAAAAUUUUCGAGCGCUGUGCACAGGAGAGAAAGGCAUAUCUGCUGUAUCUCAAUGUCCGCUCUAUUACAAGAACAGCAUCAUCCACCGCUCCAUCAGCGACUUCAUGAUACAAGGCGGUGAUUUCACAAAGCGCAAUGGAACUGGCGGGGAGUCUAUCUACGGUGGCAAUUUCCCAGACGAGGAUCUAUCCAGACCCCUGGACACGGAAGGACUUCUUUGCAUGGCCAACCGAGGGCCUGAUACCAAUGGUUCCCAAUUCUUCAUUACCCUUCGAGAGUGCCCCCAUUUGGAUGGCAAGCAUGUUGUAUUUGGAAGAGUGAUUAAGGGAUACGAGGAGGUCGUGAAAAAGCUGGCGGAGGUCCCUGUGGAUGAGAAGUACAGGCCACAGCUUCCAAUCGUGAUCGUGAAAUGCGGCGAACUAGAGCUUAGAAGAACCGGCCGUUCGACCGAUGUCGAUUCGAAGCGGUCAGAGAAAUCGAGCAAACGCCGCAGAGCGCGAUCACAGUCGAGCGGUUCAGAACGAGAGAGAAGAAGCCAGCGCAAGAAAUCGAAGCGCAGAAAGAGCGAAAGCAUUGUCAGAGACGUCCCACAGAACCAGAACGAGGUAGAUAUUCACAAAGAGACGGAAGAAGAGUAUGAUGCUCGACUGGAGCGCGAGGAGCGACAGCGUAUUGAAGCUGAGAAGCGCAAGGAACUAGAACGUCUCAGUCGUGAAAGUAAUUCUAAGAAGGAUGGAGGUGUGCGAUUCAAAGGACGGGGAAGAAUGAAGUUUAUCGACCCAGAAUUGCAUUACCGGCAAUAGCGACGUCUAUCGAAUACGACAGUUGUUUUGCCUCGGGCUCGUCCACAUCAAACAACCAGGAGGCAGGAAACAUGUUAGUGCACUCCGGGCCUAGACGGAAUCCUGUAC